AUGAAACGCAACAAGCAUCGUGCAUCAAAGGAUGACGGAAAAGCUCAAGAUGAACCAGCCAUACUGGAGACAGAAGACAUGAGAAUGCCAGAUCCUGACACAAUCUCACUAGCCUCAGUAACAGCAGUCACCACCAAUGUCUCCAAUAAAAGAUCAAAGCCAGACAUCAAGAUCGAACCUAGCGCUGGAAGACCAAUGGAUUUCCAAGUUAGUGUCACUGUCGUAGAGGCCCGACAGCUGGUGGGUCUGAAUAUGGAUCCAGUGGUGUGUGUAGAAAUUGGAGAUGACAAGAAGUACACUUCAAUGAAGGAGUCGACUAACUGCCCUUACUACAAUGAGUACUUUGUUUUCGACUUCAGCGUUCCUCCUGACGUCAUGUUUGACAAGAUCCUGAAAAUAUCAGUCAUCCACUCUAAAAAUCUUUUGCGAAGUGGAACGCUUGUUGGAAGCUUCAAGCUUGACGUGGGCACGGUAUAUUCGCAACCUGAGCAUCAGUUUUUCCACAAAUGGGCCACUUUAUGUGACCCUGAUGACAUCACCGCUGGAUGCAAAGGCUAUGUCAAGUGUGACGUAUCGGUUGUUGCAAAAGGCGAUACUAUUAAAACUCCUCAUAAAGCAAAUGAGACCGAAGAGGACGACAUAGAGGGGAAUCUUCUGCUGCCAGAAGACGUUCCAGCUGAGCGUCAGUGGGCGAAAUUCUACUUGAAGAUCUACCGAGCUGAAGGACUGCCCAAAAUGAACACCAGCAUCAUGGCUAAUGUCAAGAAAGCGUUCAUUGGAGAAAACAAGGACCUGGUGGAUCCGUACGUCCAGGUUCUGUUCGCAGGACAGAAGGGCAAGACGUCUAUCCAGAAGAGCAGUUAUGAACCCAUCUGGAACGAGCAGAUCGUCUUCACUGAGCAGUUUCCACCUCUGUGUCGUAGAAUGAAGGUGCAGAUCCGCGACUCGGAUAAAGUCAAUGAUGUGGCCAUAGGAACGCACUUCAUCGACUUGAGAAAGAUCGCAAAUGAUGGAGACAAAGGCUUCCUUCCAACCCUGGGGCCGGCUUGGGUCAACAUGUACGGCUCAACACGUAGUUACACCAUCAUGGACGAGUACCAGGACUUGAACGAAGGUUUGGGGGAGGGGGUGUCGUUCCGUGCCCGGCUGCUCGUCAGUCUGGCUGUGGAGAUACUGGACACCUCUUCUCCAGAUGUCAUGAGCUCCACUGAGGUGCAGGUGGAGGGGAUACCCAACAUCUCAGAUAAUGCCACAGGAAAGAUUGAGGAAUUCUUUCUCUUCGGAUCUUUCCUCGAGGCCACUAUGAUUGACAGAAAGAUUGGAGACAAACCCAUCAACUUUGAGGUUACAAUAGGAAACUACGGCAGUGAGGUUGAUACUCCCACCAAACCACGAUCAAAGAAGAAGAAAGGAGAUGGAGAUGAUGAAGAGUCUGAGCUCAUUCACGGCUCCAGUGGAGAGAUGGAUACCGAUGGAGACAUGUCUUCAGUUUCCACCACACCUCCAAUGAAGCCCGUCAUCACCGACAGAAAUUAUUUCCACCUGCCCUAUUUCGAGAGGAAGCCCUGUAUCUGUAUCAAGAGCUGGUGGCAGGACCAGAGACGACGGCUUUAUAAUUCUAACAUCAUGGACAAUAUUGCAGAUAAACUGGAAGAUGGGUUAAAUGAUGUUCAGGAGAUCAUUAAAACAGAGAAGGCGUAUCCUGAACGCCGACUCAGAGGAGUCCUAGAAGACCUCAGCCAAGGCUGCAGCACCUUCGUAACUUUGGUGAACAAUGACCAGAACCAGACUGGAAAAACAAAGCUGGACCGGGAGAGACUGAAGUCCUGCAUGCAUGAGCUGGAGAACAUGGGCCAGCAGGCAAAGAGCAUGAGAUCACAGGUGAAGAAGAGUAACGUGAGAGACAAAAUCAAACUGGCACAACACUUUCUACUGAAGCUCAGAUUCCUGUCUGAUGAGCCUCAACACAGCAUUCCAGAUAUUUACAUAUGGAUGAUAAGCAACAACAAGCGCAUCGCGUACGCUCGUGUUCCCUCCAAAGACAUCCUUCACUCUCCGCUGGAAGAAGAGAAGGGGAAAGACUGUGGGAAGGUCCAGACCAUCUUCUUCAAGCUCCCUGGUAAGAAGAGUUUUGGGCCAGCGGGGUGGACCGUUCAGGCCAAAACCGAGCUGUAUUUGUGGCUAGGCCUGAACCGACAGCGUAAGGACUACCUGAAUGGACUACCCAACGGGUUUGAGGAGAACAGUGCAGUCAAAGGAGUGCAGUCGUCCCCACCCAUCAGUCUGCAGUACACCAUGAAACAGAUCUUCCAGCUGAGGGUCCACAUGUAUCAGGCUCGGAGUCUGUUCGCUGCGGACAGCACUGGACUGUCGGACCCUUUCGCUCGGGUUUUCUUUUCCACUCACAGUCAAGUAACAGAGAUCCUGAAUGAGACCCUGUGUCCCACGUGGGAUCAGCUGAUGGUGUUUGAUAAUGUGGAGCUGUACGGUGAGGCAGGUGAACUGAGAGAUGAUCCGCCUAUAAUCGUCAUCGAGAUCUAUGAUCAGGACACAGUCGGUAAAGCUGAUUUCAUGGGCCGCACAUUUGCUAAACCUACAACCAAGAUGUCAGAUGAGCAUUAUGGUCCUCCACGAUUCCCUCCUCAGUUAGAGUAUUACCAGAUCUACCGCGGUAACUGCACCGCUGGAGAAAUGCUCGCAGCCUUUGAACUGCUACAGAUCGGCCCAGGUGGAAAGGCUGAUCUGCCUCCCAUAGAUGGACCUACAGAUAUUGACCGCGGUCCAAUUCUGCCUGUUCCUAUCGGAAUCAGACCCGUCCUGAGUAGAUACAGAAUUGAGGUGUUGUUCUGGGGUCUGAGGGACCUGAAGCGAGUGAAUCUGGCACAAGUGGAUCGUCCUCGUGUGGACAUCGAGUGUGCGGGGAAAGGCGUUCAGUCAUCUCUGAUUCAAAACUACAAGAAGAAUCCUAAUUUCAGCACUCUGGUGAAGUGGUUUGAAGUGGAUCUGCCUGAGAAUGAGCUUCUUCAUCCUCCUUUGAACAUUCGAGUAGUGGACUGCAGGGCGUUCGGACGCUACACGCUGGUGGGCUCUCACGCCGUCACGACUCUGCGCAAGUUCAUUUACAGACCGACAGAGAAGAGCGUCAAUAACUGGUCUGCUAUGGAAGAGAUUGUUAUCCACACAGAACCAGAACCAGCUGUCAAGAAGACAGAGACAGUGGUCAAACUGGACUCAGCGUCUGACGCUGUGGUGAAGAUUGAUAUGGAGGAAGAGAAAGGUGGAAAAGGCAAAAAGAAGCGUAAGAAGGGGGAGGAGCCAGAGGAGGAGGAGCUAGAUGAGAGCAUGCUGGACUGGUGGUCCAAGUACUUCGCUUCUAUUGAGACACUAAAAGAUAUAAUUAAAGCACAAGAAGCCGAGGCUGAAGAGAAGGAUGAUUUCGAAUCUGGAGAAGGCAGGAAGAAGCGAGGGAAGGGAAGGCACAAGCCAGCGCCUGGAGAGACCGGACCAGAGAAGAAGAGACAGAAGAUUGAGGAGCUUAAGGUGUAUAACAGAGAACUUGAGAUUGAAUACAACAGUUUUGAAGACUGGCUUCACACCUUUAACCUGUUCAGAGGGAAAUGCUCAGACGAUGCUGAUGUGGAGCAGAACGCAGCCGAUGAGGACAGACUCAUUGGCAAAUUUAAGGGCUCUUUGUGUAUCUAUAAAGUUCCUCUAUCAGAUGAGUUCUCCAGAGAAAUGAGCUUUGAUUCCAACAUGGGCAUGUUCCAGAACAUUCCACACAACGACCCAAUAAACGUCAUGGUCCGAGUCUAUGUCGUCAGGGCAACAGAUCUCCAUCCCGCAGACAUCAAUGGGAAAGCGGAUCCUUAUGUUGCAAUUAAACUCGGAAAAUCUGAGAUCAAGGACAAAGAGAGUUACAUCUCUAAACAGCUCAACCCUGUGUUUGGAAAGUCUUUUGAUAUUGAAGCAACACUUCCGAUGGAUUCCACCCUCACCGUGUCCAUCUAUGACUGGGAUUUGGUGGGAACCGAUGAUCUGAUUGGAGAGACGAAGAUUGAUUUGGAAAACCGUUACUACAGCAAACACCGGGCAAUAUGUGGCCUCACCUCCAGCUAUGCAAUUCAUGGCUAUAACGUGUGGAGAGACCCCCUGAAACCGACACAAAUCCUCGCCAAACUCUGCAAAGACAGCAAAAUGGAUCAGCCCCAGUAUGGCCCGGGAGGAAGAGUGAAGGUGGCCAACAGAGUUUACACGGGACCCACCGAAAUCGAGGAUGAAAACGGACUGAAGAAACAGACGGAUGAACAUCUGGCUCUCGCUGUGCUCAAUCGAUGGGAUGAUAUGCCACGAGUUGGCUGCAAACUGGUUCCCGAGCACGUGGAGACGAGACCUCUCCUGAAUCCUGAUAAACCCGGCAUCGAGCAGGGAAGAAUUGAGAUGUGGGUGGACAUGUUUCCGAAGGAUAUGCCUGCUCCAGGACCUGCUCUUGAUAUUUCUCCACGCAAACCAAAGAAGUUUGAGCUGCGGGUGAUCGUGUGGAACACAGAUGAGGUGGUCCUGGAGGAUGAUGACAUCUUCACGGGAGAAAAGUCUAGUGACAUAUUCGUUCGAGGCUGGCUGAAGGGUCAACAGGAGGAUAAACAGGACACUGACGUCCACUAUCAUUCACUGACCGGUGAAGGAAACUUCAACUGGCGCUUCAUUUAUCCCUUCGACUAUCUGCAGGCAGAGGAGAAGAUCGUCAUCUCAAAGAAAGAGUCCAUGUUUUCCUGGGAUGAGACCGAGUAUAAGAUUCCUGCCCGACUGAAUAUACAAGUCUGGGAUGCCGAUCAUUUCUCCGCCGAUGAUUUUCUGGGUGCGAUUGAACUGGAUCUCAACCGAUUCCCUCGUGGGGCCAAGACGGCGAAGCAGUGCUCCAUUGACAUGGUCAUCAACGAACAGGACAUGCCCAUGGUCAACAUCUUCAAACAGAAGAGAAUUAAAGGAUGGUGGCCGUUCGUGGCCAGAGAUGAAAACGAUGAGCUGGAAAUUACAGGGAAAGUAGAAGCGGAGCUGCAUCUGAUGACGAGUGAAGAGGCUGAGAAGAGUCCUGUGGGUGAAGGACGCAAUGAACCCGAACCACUCGAGAAACCCAACCGUCCUGACACGACAUUCCUGUGGUUCCUUAGCCCGCUAAAGGCAAUCCGCUAUCUCAUCUGCAAACAAUACAAGUGGCUGGUCAUCAAAAUUGUGUUGGCUCUGUUGCUAUUAGCCAUGCUGGGUCUGUUUUUGUACAGUAUGCCCGGAUACAUGGUGAAAAAACUUCUAGGGGCUUGAAAAGCUUUCUCAUGCUCUUCAGCACGGCAACAUUCACAUGC